CCACGGGCCAAAUCGAAGCCUAAACCUUGGAGCACUCGAAUCUCAUCCUUGAUUCCGUCGCUUACAAUCCAAACCACAGACCAGCGUCCCAUGUCUAUUCAGAGGAAGCCCAUCGCCAACAUGGCGCCUCCAUCACAACCACCGCCGCCUCCGCCUCCACCACCGGCCCCUGCUGCUUCAUUCGAUCCUCCGACUGAUUUUUUUGAUCCUUCUCCUGCUAAUUCUUUCGACACUCCUCCUGCGCCUCUCGAUCCUCCUCCUCCACCCCCGUCGGGGCCUCCACCACCUCCUCCUCAGCCGCCAUUGUACUCGGUAGCGGAAUCAACUAGCUCCUCAAGCAUGGCCGAUGAUAGCCCAACCCUUUUUGAAUCAGACCACCAGCACUCUGAUACAUCAUCCUUUCCGCCCCCGCAACACAGUCCUCCGAUGCCACCAAAGGCCCAAGUGUUUUAUCCCUCUUCAGAAACACCAACCGUGUCAUCUCAGAUAUCGCUGCUCGUAAUGCCACAGUCUGAUAUCAUUAGCCCCCUGGACGAAGCCGACGUCACUCCGCAGAUCAUGGACCCCACACCACCUUCUCCCUCUGUUUAUUCCGCAACGAAUACACCAGUCAACCCCUUCAGACAGUCUCUGCCACCAAAUGGAAGUGGAAAUGUCGAUAUCAACAUAAACAGACAGCGGAGCAUAUCAUAUUCAGAGCGGAAGGACUCUCUUCCUCCCAUGCAAGGUCUGAGAACUCGACAGACGGCCCCUCUGCCUGAGCCCAGAGGACGAAGUGUCUCCGCACGAGUCAACUCUACACUCAUAGAUGGGUCAAGGUUGUCUACAUCCACAAACCUACGCCCCGUGUCUGGCGUUAGCCAGAGUCCAACUAGGAGAAAACUACGACGAAGUUGGAUGCCUGGUAGAUCCCGCUCCAACUCCAUGGACGCCAACCAUGGCAACAAUUUGGCUGCCUGGGUCAUAUCUGAAGAUAACAAAACGGAAUACAACCCGGCUUUCCUGAAGAAUGGAGAAAAGGUUCCUGAACUCUGGAAUGAGAACGGCGCAGUUCUUGUUUAUUUGUACCCAAAAUCUACCGGGCGCGGACCGUCCUUUAAAGUUCCAGAAUUUACUGUGAGCUCUUCAUUUAUUUUCAACGAACUUAUCCGGUCAGAACUGGAGUCUCCGACGGUCUCCAGAGCCAGGGCUAGAAACUCUACUGGGAGAGAUAGCCUUAGCACCGAUGAUGCUUCGCGAGUCUCAUCUCCAACGAUUCCAUUUGAUAACUCUUCGGAUUACCUACACCUCUAUCUCCCCUCUCCACCCUCAAACGCCUCGUCAACUUCGUUGACAGUGCCCGUGGAUAACUCAAAGGCGGAGCUGGAACGUUUGAUUGCAAUUCGAAACCUAUUCGCCUUCCUCACAGGCCAGCCACUCGUGGGAACACCAGAACGGCCGAGGACGUUUCAUGCCUUUCUCCAAAUUUCGGAUCUCCUGCAGGAGUUCUGCUUCUCAAGCGCUGAUGGCUAUUCUUUCGGCAAUGCUGUCGACCUGAGCUUUGGCUUCUACUCGGAGUCAUUGGGUUUUGGAGACUGUCGUCAUAGCCGAGAACAGACACUGGAGGCCCUUAUCCUGGGUGAACGUAUGCGGUCUGUCGAGCUCUAUAACGAGGCCUUUGCACAUGCCGCAGGGAAAUACUCAGCCAUCAUGGAUCUCCGCCUGCCCCUAUUUCAGCUGGUUUCUCCCAUCACCCGCCAGCGCCUAGAAAGGGCUCAUCUGGACCUUGUUAACCGCCAACACAAUGUGAAUGAACAUCUCGAGCAGUUUGAAUUCCCGUCUCUCUUUGCGGGUAUCGCAAAUUCGUCUUCUAUUCCUGAGCUGAAGCAUGUUCGCUUCAAGAUUUGGCGGAACUCGUUUAACCGGAUGAGGCAGUUCGUCUUGAACUACUACAGGACGGCAUUUGGCAGCUGGCCACCUAAAGCCAGUAGCAAGAAGAAUCCGUUUGCGGAGAGCGGUUUGAACCGAAUUGUGCUGAAAACCUUGUAUUCAGACCAUUGUGCCCUCUACGACUUGCUCGUGGAUCGGAACAGCCUAACAUCAAGAGUCAUUGACGAAGUACCGACGGUUUCUAACGAAACUGACGAGAUGAUGACAUCGGCUCUCCGCAACAUUGAGUCUGAAUUUGACCGUUCCAGGCCCCCAGUGCUACCUCCUAUUCCAUUUGAUCUCCCUCUGAUUCCAUCAAUGACGGCUAUUCUCGAGACAUACAACACCCUUUCCCCCAGAGAGCAAGCCAAGUUCGACAAGAAAAUCAAGGAGCCGGAAAUGCUUCUGGUAUUGAAUAACUCCUACAACUACGAUACCAGUAGCAUUCGACUUCCGUUCCUUGAUGCCUUCAAGGAGUUUGAGGCUCGGGAGGCCAAGGGAAAGAACGCUCAAGAUCUCGCCGACCAGCGCAUUGGCUAUUUCCUCUUCCUCUAUGUUGUCCUUCAAUCACUCCCUACCUUGGUCGUGGAUGCUCCGGAUCUCAAGUUUGCAGAAGGAGUAGAAUAUUUCCUGUGCCAACCGCCUAUUGGCAACCCCCCUUGGGUUGAUGACAAACAGGUCCGAAAAAUGUGGUAUGAGGUUGCUGGAGGAGGCGGGUACGUCGAACUCUCUGCGGAUGCAGUCAUGUUUAGCGUGGAAGCCAUAUAUCACCGAAGUCACUGUUGGCUGGCUGCAAAGAUUUGGGAGGAAAUGGGUAACUCGGCUACCCCGCCGCUCGAGGAGCCAGCGCUGGAACCUCUCGAGCCUCCUCGCCCAAUUUUCCAGGAUAGCGAUGGCGUCCUCAACAACGGAUUGGGCGCCCUCUCUGGCCAGAGCACCCCAUCGCCGCCUCCUGGAUCGCCCCAGCUGCGUCCUCGACCGCGGAAUCUCUCGCCAGGCGUUCGCCGCGCGAGCGCUGCACACCGCUCUAGCAUCAUGAUGGGCUUGGAGCCUGUGCCUCUGGAGCCGCCCAAUAUCUUUGGUGCUCACCAGCGAAGCAGCUCUCUUGGCCCACGACCACCAAGCAGCCGCAUCUCCAAUCGGAGCUCGUCUGUUGGCAAUCUCGUGGGCAUGAACCCCCCUCGAGUCUCGCGACCGAGCUCUCCCGCCCGAGUUGCCGCAACAUCCGGAACCACUUUUGAUGAUAUCUUGGGAGAAUCACAGAAGAAAAAGCCUGCUCCCAAGAAGAAGGGUAGAUUUUUCUAG